AGAGCUGGGAGGUUUUUGGCUGUAGAAGGCCCAGGAGCCGAGAAAAACGCGAAAAAUGAGAAUUUCGAUUUUAGAAUAUUCCUGGAGCCCUGGAAGAAUCGGAAAUGGACUGCCCCGAAGGGCAUGCCACGCACUCCGUGGUAAUUCCUUACCUACAGCCACGUUCAGGCGCCACCGCCACGAAAUUUACCGGCUGAAGCCACUCCAUAAGCGUCAGGAAUCUCUCUUAUAACCUCUGCGUGAGACAGCAGAGACAGCUGUGGUAAAUUGUAGGUUAGGAUAACCUUCAUUAGUGACGACAAAAACAAGCACUUGUCUCCUGCUCCUACGUAUGUCAAAAUUUGAUGGAUUUGAUGACGUGGAGUUUCCCUCGUUUGAGAAAUCCCGAAGGAAUUGACGGAGGUCAUAACUAGGGAGCUGUGAUAACUGUAAAUAUACGGAGAACGUUACGAAUGGAAAUAUCUAUUUUUUACAGUUAGUAGUGAAAUAUACAGGGACCAAGAAAAAUGAGGCGAUCACACUCGGGUGAGCGGGCGGGCUAUAGCUAUGAGCCUCUACCCACUACAUCACGAAAUCUUCUUGAAGAUGAAAACGAAAGGCUGGAGGGUGAACUCAAGGAUAAAAUUCACGCCCUCAAGAGUUUGUCGAUAGACAUUGGAACUGAGGUCAAAUAUCAGGAUAAAAUGUUACGUGGCAUGGACGAGGAUUUUGAGAGGACGAGUGGCUCACUGUCGUCAUCAGUCUCCAGGGUAAUUCGAAUGGCCAAAGCUGGACACAACUACUACAUUCUCUAUUUAUUUUUAUUCUCUAUAUUUGUAUUUUUCGUUAUUUGGAUAGUGUUAAAAUUUAAGUGACCGAUAAAUUUCUGUACAAUGAGUCUUCAUCGUUUUUACGAGUUGUGAGUUGCCUUUCGAGAAACCACUGGGCUAAAUGCGACACGACUGUUUUCUCAUUCUCAUUAAUUUCUUGAACGUUCGUUAAAGCGGCAACAUUUCGCUCUUUAUAAAAAUCCGAAUUGUUGAGUCAUGAAAAUUACUAAAGUGCAUUUUAUCCCACCCUUUCGCCUGCCCAUCAAGUGGCCACAUUCGAAUUGUAAUUAAACUUCAUUAAAAUGAAAAUAAAUUCUGUCAUGAGAA